AUGGCUCCCAAGGUUCAGGCCUCCAAGGCCGCCAAGGCCCUGGCGGCACAGAACGCCUCGAAGGGUAAGAAGAAGAAGUGGUCGAAGGGCAAGGUCGCGGAGAAGAUGAACAACGCCGUGCUGUUCUCGAAGGAGACCUACGAGAAGCUGAACACGGAGAUCGUCAAGAGCAAGCUCAUCACGGUGUCCACGCUGUCGGACCGCCUCAGGAUCACUGGCUCGCUCGCGCGCGCCGCCCUGAAGGAGCUGGAGGAGAAGGGCGCCAUCCGGCCGAUUGCGAAGCACGCCUCGCAGCUGAUUUACACUCGCGCCACCAACGCCUGA